CGUGAAACCUGGUGUUGGUGCCUGGAUUGGUACCCUCCUUGGCGGCGUCCCAGGAAUGGCUGUCGGUGGCAUCAUCGGAACCCUGGUAGGGGUCUGGAUGGUCAUGGACAAGAGGCAGCCUGUGUCUCAGGUCCUGAAGGGGCUGUCUGGCGCUAAGCAGCAGAAGCUGUUCAAUAAAGUCAAGGCCAUCAUCUGGAACCUGGAUUCCAUGAACGAGGAGCAGCUGACGGAGUGUGUCAUGAGCAGUGAGACACUUCAGCAGCAGCUGGUGGAGUUGCUGGAGGAUUUCUUCGAAAAGGAGCUUAAGAUCCCACAUGAAAAGCAGAGGUAGCUCCUGGGGGCCGGGGAUCCCCAGGAGCAGUGGGGGCUGGGGUGCCCGCAGCGCCACGUGUCACCCUAAACCAUCAGUGCUCACCCUUUUUCCCCUCAUGGCACACGCAAGUGAAUCACUGAAAUUCUGGGGCACCCCACAAAAUAAGUUGUUCUUUUUGCUGAUC